UACUCUCCCCUUCCUAAAACAACUAUAAAAGCCUUUAUUCAUUCACGUUCCUCUUACACCUCAACCCUGCCUUAUAAUAAACAUAGUUACAAAUGGCCGAUUCAACACCACUUCUCUCCCAACCCAACUCAGUCAAGUCAGAAAGCACUCCUCCACCUCUAGAAAAACACCAUCCAUCUCUUGAUUCCACCAUUGAAAGAUGUAUAGGAGAUUUUGGAUGGGCUCAAUUCCUCCAAGCACUACUUGUAUCAAGUGCAUGGAUAUUUGAUGCACAACAAACAUUCAUUACUGUCUUCACUGAUGCACACCCAACAUGGCACUGUACUACUCAUCAACAUGGUUGCAACUCUAUCUCCAACAUUUGCUAUCUUCCGAAGAAUUCAUGGGCAUGGGAUAGGCCUUCCCAUACUUCAAUUAUAUCAGAAUGGAACUUAGAGUGUGCUGCCUCCAUUAUCACUGGCUUGCCUGCAUCUUCUUUCUUCAUGGGUUGUCUAGUGGGUGGACUUGUUCUUGCCACACUUGCUGAUUCCUCACUUGGUCGCAAAAACUUGCUCUUUCUCUCAUGCCUAACUAUGUCUCUAUCUGCUUUGCUUACUAUCUUCUCCACCAAUAUAUGGGUUUACUCAGCUUUAAAAUUGGUUUGUGGGUUUUGCCGUGCAACGAUUGGAACUUGUGCACUUGUGUUAACAACUGAGCUUGUGGGGAAAAGAUGGCGAGGCGAAGUGGGAGUGAUAGGAUUCUUUUGUUUCACAAUAGGGUUCUUAUCACUACCAGCUAUAGCUUAUUUGAAUAGAGGUUCUUCUUGGAGGUAUCUCUAUGUAUGGACUUCUAUCCCAGGAAUCUUGUAUUCUAUGUUAGUUCACUUCUUUGUUCAUGAGUCACCUAGAUGGCUAUUUGUGCGUGGGCGUAAAGAAGAAGCGGUGGCCACAUUGAAAAGCAUUGCACCACCUAGCCAUAGUGGUUAUUUAACUUGGAGCUUCUCUGGGGUUUCGUUUGAACAAGAAACAUGCAAUAAUGGGAAUGUUUACUCAACUAUUAAGAUGUUGGUGCAGAAAAGAUGGGCUUUUAGAAGGCUGUUACCGGUUAUGGUGAUAGGUUUUGGGAUUGGAAUGGUGUACUAUGGCAUGCCAUUAGGCCUAGGAAACUUGUCAUUCAAUCUCUACUUGAGUGUCACAUUCAAUGCCUUAUCUGAGCUACCAUCUUCAUUGGUCACUAUCUUGCUUAUAGGUAAGUUGAACAGAAAAAUUUCGGUGCUUGCUUUCACAAUGAUCAGUGGGAUUUUUAGUGUCAUGUGUGCUUUGAAAGGCCAGGUGUGGGCAAGAUUCCAAAUUGGACUUGAGCUAAUAUCUUUCUUCAGUGCAUCUACUGCCUUCAAUAUAUUACUCAUAUUCACAAUAGAGUUGUUCCCUACUUGUGUGAGGAACUCAGCUACUUCGUUAGUGAGACAAGCACUUGUGUUUGGUGGUGUGUUUGGUCCGAUGCUAGUGGCUGCUGAGAGCAGAAAUGAAAUUUCAUCCUAUGGGGUGUUUGGGUUAGUGAUAGGGUGUUGUGGGCUUUUCGCUGUAUGUUUGCCAGAGACAAGAGGUAGGACAAUUUGUGAUACAAUGGAUGAGGAAGAACACAAAGAGAAAGCAGCAUGUAAUAGUGUAGGUGAUGUCUUGGCUUGAUUUGCUUUUGGUUUGCUCAAAUUAUGUGAGA